CUCCUCCUUUUUCCUCUUUCCGUUAUAUUUCGCUUUCUUCGUCUCCCUCUCCGAUCUUCUUUAGGGUUUGUUUUGUGCAACUUCCGUGCUACAGAGCUUUCGGCAUCUUGAAUCUCGUCAGAACAGCUAUUCAGAGAUUGGUUCUUGUUUGUUUCAGCAAAGUUGUAUCGUCAACCAGAUAUAAAAUUACAAUAUCCAAUUAUCUUAAAAAAAAAAAAAAUAAUCUAUCCAUUUAUUCAGAUUUAUGUAUAUAUAUAAGCUGGAAUUAACCUCUCGUCCCGUUGCGUUGAUACUUGUUUUCCAAACCGGAAAAUGUCACUCACCUUGCAAUCUCCGCCGUCGCCACCUCUCUCAUCACCAUCUUCUUCUCAGGGGAGAUCGAGACUGAGGUUGGCCAAUGGAUC